CUUAUAAAACAAUUCCCAUGUUACUGUGAAUCUCAAGCCAACCCUUCCCCACUCACUGCUCGGUUGUCUCACCAUCUUCCUCAGACUCACUCCAACUUUCUUUGUCUUCAUCUCCACUAGUGCCUCAUUGUUUAGACAGGAAUCUUCAGCAUACGGACAGCACAGAUAGAUCUCUCAGAGCUGUCCAUUUGACCAGGAUUUGCUCACUCACCUCUCUCUCAGUCAUUCACUAAUUUAAAAUACUAUAUUAUUAGCAGUAUUCCCAAAAUAUCAAGCAGCACAUGCAGCAGAUCCUUCAGUGGCUCUUUAAGGUGGCACAUGAACAGGGAGAACAAAAUACUACUAGUCCUUCCAACAAGAAAACUGCUGAAGAUCAAGAAGGUAAACCCAGGGAGAUAAUUUUGUCUAAGCAUAGAAGAUCAAAAAGUAAGAAGUUUAAACCAUUUAUAUUUCUAUGCAAUAGAGAUGCUGCAAAGGCUUGCUUCUAUAGUACCAUAUAUUUGAGAAGAACCGGGAGCUCCCACAGAAGACAGCAUUGUGCCCAACCCAUGAAGAUGAAGAAAGAAGAUAUUGCUAGAGGAUUAGUUGUUGGUCACAAGUCGGAUUUGGCUACUCAUGCAGGGAACAAAGUUCUACCGCUAAUUGACGCGGCAUUAUCAUCCUCCACUGACAAAAAUGAUCAAUGUAGCACCAGUGGAAAGAAAGACAAGCAUAAAGGGGAUAAAACAAAAGCCAUGUCAAGAAUGAAGGAGUUGUUGAGGUGGGCUGCUGCAGCAAAAUCAGAGAGAGGAAAGUCCAUUGGCAGAAAGGUUUUGCACUUCAGGAACCGUGGAGCUCUAAAAUCAGUGCCAGAUGAUGAUCAACUUAGCAAUGACUCUCCUAAGAUAAGUUUCAGAUGGGAUGUAGAGAGCUGCUCCACUACUUCCUCUGCCUUUUCAGGAAUUUCAGCGACGUCUUCUUUGAAAAAGGAUCAAACCUGCAACAUGGUAUCAUUGAAUUCAACUCCUAUACAUGCAGUUGGCCUAAAUCGUUGCUCUGGCAGGAGAGGAAAUUGGAUAACUACGGACUCUGAAUUUGUGGUGUUGGAGCUAUGAGAAAAAUUAAGAGGGUCAAGGCUGAAGCUGAUGUUUUCAGGGUUGAAUCAGCUACUUGAUGUAAAAGAAAUAUAUCAGUAUAGCUUAAUUAGAUGAAGUAAUGCUCAUUUCUUGUUUCUUGAGAUAUAUUAGACAGUUCUUUGAAUGUAACAUUAGUGCUAAGGAUCUGAAAUGUAACACCAGAUUAAUGAAGAUGGCCGACAGAGUGACUUUAACUCAUUA